AUGACAGGAAAUAUAUCUCUUGUGACGGGAGCGAGCGGUUUUAUUGCUAGCCAUGUCGUUCAACAGCUACUCGAAAAGGGCGAACAAGUCCACGCCACAGUUCGCAGUAUAAAAAAUAAAAAGAAGAUCAAGAACCUCCUCGACAUGCAAAAGCGAUGGCCCGGCAAGCUGACUUUGUUCGAAGCGGAUUUGCUCGCGGCUAGCUCGUUUGAUACUCCAAUGAAAGGCUGCUCGGUGGUUUAUCAUAUAGCAUCGCCCUUUUUCAUCGAGAACAAAAUUCGCGAUGGCCAAAAAGAGGUCGUUGAGCCGGCUCUCAAAGGAACACAGCAUGUGCUUGAGGCAGUUCAGAAAAACGAAACUGUCAAAAUUGUCAUCUUAACAUCAAUAAUACACUAUCCUCCGAGUAUUUCAACACAACUAGUAGGCGGUCAGCUAUUCUUAGGGGUGCCAGAUAUGUGGUUCGCAAUUGUCGACGUUCGAGAGGUGGCAACUGCCCAUAUUCAGGCUGCUCAACUUCCGGAUUCUCACGGUCGCUAUAUCUUGGCUGAUGGCAAAACACGUGGUUUUGUGGAACUUGCUCGCAUCCUGCGAUCCAUCACCCAAUCUUCCCGGAUUCCGAAAAAUACAGUCCCCAAUGCCUUGGUGCGCCUAUCCGGACCAUUGCUUGGACUAAGUCAAAAAUGGCUGAAACUGAACCUAAGCAUCCCUUUCGACAUCGACAAUCGUCCUAGCUUGGAGCAGUUGAAGAUCGUUUACCGGCCUCUGGAGGAAACAUUGGCGGACCAUUAUCGAUCCUGGAAAUCUGCACAAAGCCUAGCUCACUGA